GCGCAUUAAGUGUACUUGGUCUCAAGUAAAAUGGAGGUGUUUGUUGCGACUCCGACUUUAAGAUGUUCUUCCUUCGUGUUUUCUGUCGGUUCGGCGGUCAGAGACGUUCUGGACAGGUUCUUUCCGGAGCAGUUUCAGGACUUCUAUGUCACGUCAAAUGGCCGACUGUCUCACCUUGAGGAUCCUCUUCAACAUGGAGCUGUCUAUCGCCUGGAGCCUCGCCUCAGUGGAGGGAAGGGAGGUUUUGGGUCGAUGCUGCGAGCUCUGGGCGCUCAGAUUGAGAAGACAACCAAUCGGGAGGCCUGUAGGGAUCUGAGCGGCCGGCGGCUUCGAGACGUGAACCACGAGAAAGAGAUGGCGGAGUGGCUGAAGAAGCAGGCGGAUCGUGAAGCAGAGAAGGAGCAGCGGCGUUUGGAGCGUCUGCAGAGAAAACUGUCUGAGCCCAAACAUCAGUUCACCGACCCGAAGUACCAGCAGCAGUGCCAUGAGCUGAGUGAGAGGCUGGAGGACUCAGUGCUGAAAGGUCUGCAGGUGUCCUCCAGCUGUCAGGUAAACGCAGGUGAAGGCUCCACCCCCAAGAGGCCAAGCACCAAUCAGAGCGAGCCACAGAAGAAGAAGAAAAUGAAGAUGGCAGUGGAGACUGGUUUUUGGACUGGCCUAGAUGACCUGGAUUCCACAGAAUCCUCGGAGGAGGAGGAUGAAGAGAGUCCAUCCACGUCUGCUUUUACUGUGACGACACAGAGCGUGGAGCCUGAGCCCAUCAGGACACCUCAGCAGGUGGCGAGUAAUUCCUGUCAGUCUAAUAACCUGAUCAGACCCACAUCUGGCUGCAGCAGCACCGGUCCAACUAGACCCUCAGAGGAGCAGAGGCCCGAACCCUCAGAGGAGCAGAGGCCCGAAGUCCCCUCAGAGGAGAGGAAACUAGAACCAUCAGAGUCCAGAGGUCCACAGCAGUUGGACCUGUCCUCAGUGACGUCCAUCCAGGAGCUGGAGUCUCUGGGUCUGGAGGUUCUGAAGGAGGAACUCGUCUCUCGAGGAUUGAAGUGCGGGGGAAUGUUGUCAGAGCGUGCCACUCGACUCUUCUCCAUCAGAGGACUGAGUCCAGAUCAGAUUGACUCGGUUCUGCUCGCCAAGCCCGUCAAACCCAAGAAGAAGUGACAGACUUGUCAAACUGGUUCCAUCAAGAG